AUGGUUUUCAUCCUCGGCGUCAACUUUCACGAGAUGAAGCUCGUCCAGGUGCGGACCUCCACUACCCUCGGCCGUCGUCGUAGUGCUCCGUCUCUCCCGUCCUUUAUUCACUCGCUGACUCCUACCCAGAAAGCACUGCAGAGAUUCUACGCUAUCGGCCCGCAGACGUCGGCCCGCAUCCUCGCCAAAUUCUCCAUCCACCCGCGUGCAAAGAUCGGCUCCUUGCCGGCCAAGACCAUCACAAGCCUCACAGCUGAACUGUCCAACAUGACAAUAGAAAACGACGCCCGCCGCAUCGUCCAGGACAACAUCAAGCGCCUGCGCGACAUGGGCACCUACCGCGGUAAGCGGCACGCCAUGAACCUGCCGACGCGCGGCCAAAAGACGCGGAACCAGAUCAUGACGGCUCGGAAGCUCAACAGGGUCGAGCGGACCGGUUAA